AUGGCAGAAUAUAAGGCAUGUAUCUACGGUUUAAAGGCGACAAUCGACUUAAGGAUCAAGAUUCUAGAGGUAUUUGGUGAUUCAACUCUGGUAAUCAGUCAGGUGAAAGGCGAUUGGGAGACUCGGGAUAGCAAGUUGAUACCUUAUAAAGAGCAUAUCAGAAAACUGACACCCUAUUUUGAUGAAAUCUCUUUUCAUCACAUCCCUAGGGAGGAAAAUCAGUUAGCAGACGCUCUAGCCACAUUGGCAUCUAUGUUCAAAGUCAAAUGGAAGAAUGAAGCACCACCCAUCCAGGUUGACCACUUAGAUGAACCAGCACAUUGCCUAGAAAUUAAGGCCGAUCCUGAGGAUAAGCCUUGGUUCUAUGACAUAAAAACAUUUAUGGAGAAACAACAUUAUUCUGAGGGUAUAUCCAUUACCGAUAAGAAAGCUCUAAGAAGACUCUCUUCCAAGUUCUUCUUAAACGGUGAUGUACUAUACAAGAGGAAUUAUGAUUUUGUACUGCUCAGAUGCGUCGAUAGACACGAAGCUAGUAGGAUCAUAAAGUCAAUACACGAAUGUUGCGAGGGUGUACAAUCAAAGGGUCCUGCUAUGGCCAAGAAGAUCCUUCGAGCUGGUUACUAUUGGACGAAAAUGGAGGUUGAUUGCUACAAUUUUGUGAAAAGAUGCCAUAAGUGCUAG